GUUCAUUAUUUUUGAUCUAACCACACCAUUAAUAGGAUUUGUUUAUUUAAACCGUAACCGAUCUCCUGGCAGCUCCCUUCAGUCACUAAAGCAUCAUUCACUUUGCAUCAAAAGCAUGAGCUCUUACCUAAUCACUGGUACCUCGCGGGGCAUCGGUCUUGAGCUAGUCCGACAGCUGGUGGACAAGCCUAAGGAGGAGGUUGGUGUCAUCUUUGCCUCUGCCCGGAGCCCCAAUAAUCCCAAAUUGGACGAGCUUCUACAGCAGCAUCCCGGUCGGAUUGUUUACGUCCCUCUUGACGUGACGGACGAACAGAGUGUGCGGAAUGCUUCGCAGCUCGUUCAGACUGCACUUAAAGGAAAAAAAUUGGAUGUGCUGAUUAAUAACGCUGGGGUUAUGAAAUAUGGGCCCAUUGAGCAGAUGGAUGACCUCGAAGAAUCGUUCCGCGUCAAUGUCGCAGGAGUUCAUUAUGUUACAAGAGCAUUCUUGCCCCUUAUGAGAGACGGCGAAAUCAAGAAAGUUCUUAACAUCUCUACUAGUCUCGGUUCCAUCACGAGGCAGCCUAUCUACAAAGAAUCGUUUGUCCCAUCAUACAAAGUGACAAAGGCGGCAUUAAACAUGCUUACAGUCGCCUAUUCCCAAGAACUGGAUAAGGAGGGAUUUACCGUUUUCUGUAUCAGUCCCGGUUGGUUAAGAACAGACCUGGGUAGCCAGAAUGCCGAUCUUCCAGUGGCGACUGGCGUUGGUGCUGUUUUGGACGUCCUGUGGAAGACAGGGAGAGAAGGAAACGGGCGAUUUUUCAAUGUUCAUGUGCCUGGAUGGGAGAACAACCCUGGGAUGAAUCAAUAUGAUGGCAAGGAGUUGCCGUGGUAGAAGUACACUAGUUUGGAAUACAUGUUUGGAAAGACUUUGCGCAAGUUG